AUGGCCACACAGCAAGGCGAGGGCGGCGUGCCUUUCGCUGUUGCCCACGAGCUGCAGAACUUUCGUCUACUCGAGCUUCCACCCGAGAUUGUCGAGCUACUCGAAGCUCCGAACCCCCCGCCCUUCCAGAUACGCCAGGUACAGACGUCGAACUCUGUCUUCGUCACCCAGCCCGCCUUCGAUGCCCAUGGCAACGACAUACCCACGUCAACCACAUGCGCAAUCGCCUCGUGUACGGCAACGCUAGAGCUGCAUCCCGCCGAUACGCCUGCCGUGGCCUAUAUCGAAGCCGUGCUGCCAGUCUACGAUAUCGUUGGCGGGGAAGUCGAUGCUAUACAGAAUGACACGAGCAAAGGCGGCGUUUUCGCUGAUGUUCCCCUGUCGAGUGGACAAUGUGAACAAGGAUGGGCAGAAGUUGUCGCAUUUGAGCUGUCUGGGAGCUCCUACCGACCGUCCGUGAACACCCUGCGGCAAGUAUGGUCCUCGAUCAAUGCUGCCGCUUUGGCAGAGGGCAUCAGACUGGACAGCCAGUUCCUAGGAUACGACCUGGCCGAAAUGGUACAGGAAGAGGGCUUUCCUGCACCACUUGCGCUGGCUAUCUUCUCGCAUCUGGCCUCCGCCGGGCAAGAUACAAGCGGGCAGUGGUCAUGCCUGGACCGAAGAAAAACAGUAUCUUUUGUCGGAAAAACCUUGCUGCAAGCUAAACGUGGUUCUUCUGGACAUUUGGUCGCGGACUUCGUUGAGGAAUGGAAGGAUUCUUUGCCGGAGGCAUGGCGUGGCGACGCGGCAUUGAAGUCCAUUGAAGGCACCUACGACACCCCUACAUCGACCACGAUAGUCGCCAAGGGGAUAUCUGCGUCUCGCGCAACGGAAGCUGCAGUCCCGAAAGCUGCGGCUGUGAAGGGGAAGUGGCAUGAAAGGUUUGCUAAGACACGGAAAUAG